AUGGCCGCGCUCAGCCCGGAAGCGGCGCACGUGGGUCCGCGGGCCAUGGGCACUGCCGGGCAGGGCAUGGGCGAGCUGAGCGACGGCGAGGAGGGGUGGGAGGAAGAGGAGGAGGAGGAGGAAAGCGCUGCCGUGGACCAGCAGACACGCUGCCUCUUCUGCGAUAGGUUCUUUACUUCUGCUGAAGUUGUAUUCUCCCACUGUAAAGCAGACCACCAGUUUAAUGUUAGUGAUGUGAUCCAGAAACAUGGACUGGAUUUUUAUGGGUACAUUAAGCUAAUAAACUUUGUUAGAUCAAAGAAACCAACAGGAGCUUAUUUGAGUUCUGUCAGCAGCCCACUGCCUUGGGAAGGAGAGGAGUAUUUGAAACCAGAGCUAGAAGAUGAUCUCCUACUUCAGUUUGAUAUAGAAGAUCUUUGUGAACCUGCAAACAUUUUGCCUUCUGAUGGUUUAAAUGAUACCAUGGUGCUUCUUGAACAGUUAAAACGUGCAGAACACAGAGCAAGGCUUGCAGAAGCAGCCCUGGCUAGAGCACAAGAUGAUCUUCAAAAGAUGAAACAAUUUGCCCAGGAUUUUGUGCUGAAGGCAGAUGUCAGGAGCAGCUCGUCGUCCAGCGCCAUCGCAGACCUUCAGGAGGAUGAGGAUGGUGUUUACUUCAGCUCCUAUGGGCAUUAUGGGAUACACGAAGAGAUGCUAAAGGAUAAAGUGCGUACAGAAAGCUAUCGUGACUUCAUCUAUCAAAACCCACAUAUCUUCAAGGACAAGGUGGUUUUGGAUGUUGGUUGUGGAACUGGAAUACUCUCCAUGUUUGCUGCCAAAGCAGGUGCAAAGAAAGUGAUUGGAGUUGACCAAUCUGAAAUCAUCUAUCAGGCCAUGGACAUCAUUAGAUUAAAUAAACUUGAAAAUAUUAUUACAUUAGUCAAAGGAAGAAUCGAAGAGGUAGAUCUGCCUUUGGAAAAAGUGGAUGUAAUCAUAUCUGAAUGGAUG